GAAAAGUUCUCUUUCAUCACAUUCAUUAAAAAAAAACCCCCUCUCUCUCAUUGCUGCCAUGGGAAGACUUCGUCGUUCAAGAGUCCAUAAGGGUAUCCGAGAUAUCCAGCGUAAAUACCGCACCAAGCGUUAUAUGCGUGAUAUUGAUCAGAUUCAUGGAGAUAUCCAACCCGAGAAUGCUGAGAAGUUUCAAAAGCCAGAGCUUGACCCUGACCUUCCUGGAAUGGGCCAAUUUUACUGCAUUCCCUGCGCAAAGCAUCAUAUCAACAAGGAAUCGCUUUUGGAGCAUCAGAAAGGAAAGAUCCAUAAGAAGAGACUAAAGUUGUUGAAGGAGGAGCCAUACUCUCAAGCCGAAGCUGAUGCGGCAGCAGGACUUCAGAGAGCUGAUACCAAGGUCAAAAAACCCAAGAACACAACAACGACAACAACAACAGCCACAGGAGAGGCAAUGGAUGUCACUGAUGCAUAACACUUAUAACACCACUAUGACCUCAGCAUAAGAAGUAAAAAAAAAAAAAAGGAAAACUAUCGUAUUUCAUUAUUUCAUAUCUCCCACCUAUUUAGUAUUUUGGCAUUGCUUACAAUGAUCGCUUCCAUUAGAUUUAUAUCAUUAUUUUAACAAUCCUUACAUGUAACAUAGCAUUCAAAACCGGAAUAAAAAGUUUUAUUAUUUUAU